AUGAGGACUUUGGUCGAUGUGGCAUGCACAGAUCUUGAUGAUAUGCCUCAGGAUCUCCCAUGCAACGCUGUUUCGCUUAACUUGAAGAGCAAUUCAAUCACGGCACUCAAGAAGGAGUCAUUCUCAUGUCUCGGAAGCUUGGUUGAGCUUCUCCUGUCCAACAACCGCAUUCGCUUAAUCGAGAAAGGAGUCUUCGAAGAAGUAACCCAACUGGAGUACCUUGAACUUGAUUCAAACUUCCUUCAAAGGAUACCAUACCUUGGUCCCUUACCGGCUCUCCUGAAGCUAUCAGUCACCAGGAAUUCUCUGAAAGAGUGGCAACAACAGACCCUUCGUGAUCCAUCAAGUACACGACUUUCAUCGCUAAAACUGGCAUUCAACAAACUCCAGAAUCUACCUAAAAUCCCAUUUAGAAACAAUUGA